AACAUCACACAACAUUUCAAUUUCCCCAAAUCCCAUCCUCAUCUCCCAACAACUACCACACAAACCAGUUGUUACUUGAACUAUAUAGAUCAAACUCAAACUAAGAAAUAAAUACAUCAUGAGUUGUAACGGGUGUCGCGUUCUUCGAAAGGGCUGCAGCGAGAACUGCAUUCUCCGGCAAAGCCUCACUUCCUUCGAAACUGCUCAAGCUCAAGCCAACGCCACCGUCUUCGUCGCCAAAUUCUUCGGCCGAGCCGGCCUUCUGUCCUUCCUCUCUGCCGUCCCAGAGUACCAAAGGCCUGCUUUAUUUCAAUCUCUAUUGCUGGAAGCCUGUGGGCGGACAGUGAAUCCAGUGAACGGAGCAGUGGGACUGCUGUGGACCGGAAACUGGCACUUGUGCCAGUCAGCGGUUGCGACGGUUCUCCGAGGCGGAACCAUAAAAGCCAUGCCUGAACUCUUAUCAGCUGUCCCUCCUACAACGGACAGUGACGAUGCAUCAGAAGCUGUGAACUGCAGUUUUGAUGACAAAGCCAUACGGAUUCAAGAGAGUGAUCUACAACUCGGACUUACUAGAUCCGGUUUGAAAGAAGAGGUUAGAAGAAGCUCAUGUGGCGAUGGAAGAUGGACAAAGAAGCUGAGAACGACGCCGUCUUUGGAAGUGUCGGAAACCACGACGAUGGAAAGCGGUACCGAUUCGGCUUCUAGUCAAACGAAGCUUCUGCAGCUUUUUUUGUGAAGAAGCAGAUGAGAACAGUUAGUUAUAUAUGGCCUGUAAUUUUUAGGUUUUUCAUGUAGAAGAAGAGUUUUAUAACUAAACAGUUUAAUUAAUUGAUCACAAAUAAUAUGUGAAAAAUAUGUUUUUAACGUC